UACACUCUAUCCAGAGUAUUUAGUAGCCGAUAAUGGCGUUGUUUCGGGUGCUGUCCGUACAUUUCGUCAGCUGUUGCAUCGGAACAUAAGGCUAAAUAUACGUGUCAUCAUGCACUAAUUGAGAAACGUGGUCAGUUGUGCCAACGGAUCCAAAGGAAAAGGCUAUGGGUGCGCCAGCCUUCAUGAAGGAAUUCCGCGAGUUCAUGAACUUCAACAGUGACGGAAGCUUGUUUGGCGGCAGCACCCAGUCCCGGCUCGGCAGUUGUGAUAGCUGCCUGACCAAGUUCGGGCUGCUGAAGCGGCGCCACGCGUGUGACCAGUGCGGCACCGACUUCUGCGCGGCGUGCGUGCGUGGCCGGCGCUGUCCGCGCUGCCGGGCCCUGGCAGGCGGCCGGCCCGCACUGCUCGCGCUGCGACCUCGGGACCUGCGAGCGCUGCUGCGUGCCCGUGGCUUAGCACCGCCGCUUGGGGCACGCGAGAAGGCCGAGCUCGUCGAUUUGCUGCUGCUCGAGUCCACCGCCCGUCCGGGUGCUUCCACGGGAUCAAGGGCGAGUCAACCAGAAUGGCCAGAGCGGCCAGCUUGGACAGAGCAUGCAGAAAGGCCACGGUGUCCAGAACGGCCCGAGCAGCGAGACUCUCCAGAGCAAGCUGAAAGGCGAGGAGAACGCGUGGAAAUACCAGUACAGCCAGAGCCUACGGCUUAUGUUCCACCACCCCCAUGGGGUGGGCCAUUUCCUGGCAUGUCCUCCGAGGAGCCCGUCUCAGAACCCGCCGAGAGCAGCAGCAGCAGCUCUAGAAAUGAUGCGGAAGGACCACCGCCACCAUCGGCUCCACAGUGCGAGAUGGCUCUUGAGCAUUUUGAAAGCGUCGAUGAGCUGGGUCAGCUCACGGUGAUGCAGAUGAAGCUCAUGCUGACACGCAACUUUGUCGACUAUCGUGGCUGCUGCGAGAAGGCUGAGCUGCUGGAAAAGUUGAGCUGGCUGUGGCAACAGAAACGCAAGCAUCAAGGAGAUGCACUGUGUGAAGAGGAUAUGUGCAAAAUCUGUAUGGAGGGAUGUGUGGACUGUGUGAUCCUGGACUGUGGCCACAUGUGCACCUGCACGGGAUGUGGAAAACAGCUGAGCGAGUGCCCCAUCUGCCGCCAGUACGUCGUGCGUGUUGUGCAUGUGUUCCGUGCGUGACCCCAGGGCAGAGGGAAACAACGUAUAGCACCUGACAGUACGCUGUGGUUCUGCAGUGAACGCUAUGUGCCGAAUUGCAAGCACUCACAAGGACACUCGCUGCCAAGUAAUAAUCUCCAAAAGGGACAAACUCUCCAGUAGAGCAAAAUUUCAAUCUCGAGUUGGCGUUAGAACUGCACGUGUUGUUACUGCACAGGAUGUUGACCUCCUGAUGGCAGUUAUAAUUGUGCCCAUGAUUAAUGUCAGUUUUUGCUUAGGCAAGCAGCAGCACUGUACAAGUGCUCUAAAUGAAUUUCUUGGCAACAAGGAGGGCAGGCACACCAUCACUGUCUAUGCAGGCAGGGGUAGCUGUUGUGGAGCCAUAUCCAUCUGAUGCUCCCAUCUAAUUAUACAACUUUUAGGUGUUUUCACUUUCAUUGGUUGCCGGUUCCACUUGGCCAGCCAGUGAGUGUGGUGGUGAAGCGGAACACUGGAAUGUUGAUCGUAAACAGCUUUACCCCCCUGUGCAUGUUCUUUAUGCUACACUACGGCUUUCCUUGGUUUGAUUGUGAUUUCGCACAAUAUGAAAAAGAAUUGUUAGAUAAAGGAAAAUGAGUAAGGACAGAUGAAAUGUUUAUUUACGGUAUGGCUUCCUCGUUUUAUUUUGUGGCUGUUGUAUUGCUACCUACCUGGCAAGACACAAGUCGCUAAUUCCAGUGCGUUCAGUUACUGGAAAUUGCUGGAUUUUUUGUUUUAUUACUAUUUGCAGUUUGCUGGAGUCAUUAAGCAGACAUGUAAUAGUAAUUAUUGCUAGAUAUUGCUAUCUUGGCUUUUGUGCUUUGUUGCUCUGUACUGUAAAAAUUUGACUGGCAAGAUCGUUUUAAUGAGCGUAAUUGUGGUAACUGAAUGUACGCAUUAACACAUGUUACAAUGUGCGUAUGCGAGUAAAAUUUACUAUUACUCAUUUACUUUGUGUAAUGAGAAGCUACAAUCAUUUAGCAUAACAGAACAAUGUCUUUGGGUAUUGGCUAUUGUUUUAUUUGCACUCUACACGUAUAGUUCCUUUUGAGGUUUGUCUGUCUGCUGUGGUUGCUGAUAAGACCGCAAAUUUCUGUAUAGCUGAAAAGUAUAAAGUUACGAAGAGCUUAUUCUUGUGUUCAUUCUUCCUCUUCAUUUUUUGUCGAUCAGUAAUUGACUUUCACUUGAGCUUGUUGCAAGCAGAUCUUCAUUUGAAUGUUUGCUGUACCUAGAGGCAUGAAGUCAUCGCAGGAACAGUGUCUUGGUAAACCUGAAGCAGUAUGAAUGCUUUGUUCGGGCUACUUGGAAUGCUCGUAUUCUCUUUUCUAUAAAACCGAAGUCUGUGAAUAGCAGAGGUGUGAAUUACUGGGCUAGUUUAACUUUCUAACUUCGAUUAAAAAACAGCACAUAGGGCAACAAUGAAAUGCUAAUAGAGAGCACAUACUAGGAAGUGCUGUCUGUGGUGGCAGUGCUUCAUGAUGUGUAUUCACUUUUCGUAUUCCAUUGUCAUCCUAUGCACUGUUUUAUUCUCAGCUGCAAAGUGUGUGAAGUCAGAAGUUUGCAGGCUCCAAGGUGUUUAUGAAGGUUGAAAAGUGCAUUUCAUUGGCUAAUUUCAUCUGUGGUUAAUGACACACUGUGGAAUUACAGUUGAGCAACAUUAAUUUGUACUUGCCAAGAGUGUGGCUUAACUACAUGUUUGACUGUAGUGUGCACUAACCGGCAACUACAAAUUUCUGUCUUUCUCUGCGCUGCAACCAAUAAAGAAAUGAGAUGCUGCUG